GAAGCCUGGGUGCUAAUGGGUUUUUUCGGCCACUCAAAUCCCCUUCAAUGUAAUUGUGGGUCUGGAUAAGAGCAAGGCAAGCUGAUCGCUGCGGCAAAAUCAAUAGUUCAUACCUCUCUGAGAUUGAGUUUUUAGGAAAGAAGGAGCAACGUGACCGAGGACAGAAUACGAAAUCACUCCCGCGGAGGCUCGACGCGCGCCGGGCAAUCGACCCCCAAUCCCUGGACCGAUUACAGUUUUGAGGGGGCGAGCUGCUUCCAUCUGGCGCGUAUCGAUGCAGAUGGACGUCAGGACUGGAAAUUGACGAGUGGAAGUGACGGACUCCUUCUCCACACCCUCUUUCCCCCCCGACACCUUCUGUCACGCUGGCAAUGUCAAGAGUCCCGAGUCCCCCCCCCCCUGCGGAAAUGUCCAGCGGGCCCGUGGCCGAGAGCUGGUGUUACACACAGAUCAAAGUGGUGAAGUUCUCUUACAUGUGGACCAUCAACAACUUCAGCUUCUGUCGUGAGGAGAUGGGCGAGGUCAUCAAGAGCUCCACCUUCUCUUCCGGGGCCAACGACAAGCUGAAAUGGUGUUUGCGAGUGAAUCCCAAGGGCCUGGACGAGGAGAGCAAAGACUACCUGUCCCUCUACCUGCUGCUGGUCAGCUGUCCGAAGGCAGAGGUACGCGCCAAAUUCAAAUUCUCCAUCCUCAACGCCAAGGGAGAGGAGACCAAAGCCAUGGAAAGCCAGCGAGCAUAUCGCUUUGUCCAAGGUAAAGACUGGGGCUUUAAAAAGUUCAUCCGGAGAGACUUCCUCCUAGAUGAGGCCAACGGUCUUCUACCCGACGACAAGCUCACGCUCUUCUGUGAGGUGAGUGUGGUGCAGGACUCGGUCAACAUCUCCGGGCAGAACACCAUGAACAUGGUGAAGGUCCCCGACUGCCGGCUCGCGGAGGAGCUGGGCGGCCUGUGGGAGAACUCCCGCUUCACGGACUGCUCCCUGUGCGUGGCUGGACAGGAGUUCCAGGCCCACAAAGCCAUCCUGGCAGCACGCUCCCCCGUGUUCAGCGCCAUGUUUGAGCACGAGAUGGAAGAGAGUAAAAAGAACCGCGUGGAGAUCAACGAUGUGGAGCCGGAGGUUUUCAAAGAGAUGAUGUGCUUCAUUUACACAGACAAGGCUCCCAACCUGGACAAGAUGGCCGACGACUUGCUGGCAGCAGCUGACAAAGCAUCGAUGUCCUCGAUACCCCAGACGGCUCCUUAUUACGCCCUGGAGAGGCUGAAGGUCAUGUGUGAAGACGCGCUGUGUACCAGUCUGUCCGUGGAAAAUGCCGCCGAGAUCCUCAUCCUGGCCGACCUGCACAGCGCCGACCAGCUGAAAACGCAGGCCGUGGACUUCAUCAACUACCACGCUGCGGAGGUGAUGGAGACGGCCGGGUGGAAGUCCAUGGUGGCGUCUCAUCCUCACCUGGUGGCCGAAGCUUACCGCUCCCUGGCGUCGGCCCAGUGCCCUUUCCUUGGCCCGCCACGCAAGCGCCUCAAACAAUCCUAACAGCGAGGCGUCUGGAGCGACACACACACACACACAGAGACACACCGACCCCUCCCCUCACACAGGGACAGCCUUUCCCCUUGCUGUUACCUACUACAAUAACUACAGCAUUCCCUGAUUCUGCCCCAUCCAAACCUGCUGUAUUUAUUCUCUUCUAAAGAUGGAGGGAGGAAGAAGAAGAAGGAGGAAGAGGAGGUGGACAGGUGGGCUUGUGAUGUGGAUGUUUUUCUUUUACACACAAAAAAACCCCACAACGCCCCUCCCCUCCCCUCCUGUGCUCCUCGGCGCUGUCUUCGUGAGGUGUCUGACAUCGUGCUCUUUUCCUACAUUGGAAACGAUUCGGGGGGACGGACCGGACCCCCCCCAUCAUCCUCCUCCUUGAGAAAGACAUCCAAGGGCUAGUCAAAAAAAGCAGAUAUGGGACCAACUCAUCAUCAAUCCUCGCAAAGAAAGUUGGGAACACAUUGCACUAAAGUCCCAGGUCCCCCCUCCUCAACUCUUACCAGCCGUAAAGUAGAACGACUGCAGGCGAGCACGCGGACGAAAGACCCGGCCGGACCACCGAGAACAAUCACCCUUUAAGAAGAUCGAUCAGCAAUCGACCGAAACCACACGCGUCCUCUCGAAUAGAACUCUGCUUCAUCUGCAUCGGUUUAGUUUGUCUUCAUUCUUGGGGAAAGAGAGGAUACAGAAACGCACAACUGGAUGUCCUUCCUGGGAAAUCAGUAUUUUGAGUGUGGAUCUGUUUCCGUAGUCCUCGAGAGAAAAUGUAGUCCGCGGUGUCGAUAGACAAACCGAUCAGGAGACGGAGGGGAAAGUAAUGUCAAAUGGUCUCAAACAUACCGUCACAUGGAGUCAAUCGGGCAUGUUAAUGUUGUUUUAUGACUCAUUUCUUAAUUGUUUUUUUCCCCCUCUACUGUCAUUUCUAUUUUUUUCAUAGAGAUGUGUACAGACACAAGUGUUUCUGAAGCUGUGGAAACGAAAAGCAUUUUCAACCUUGAAAUUGGGAGGAAAAAGCCGAUGUUUUCUUUGCAGUCAUGAAGACUGAAGGAAAUUAAAUUGAUAUGAACACGUUUUAAUGUUCAGAAUAGACGGAAUGUAAAAACAACAACAUUGCACACCAAGGCAAACCACAUGAAAUGCUUUUGAAGUUAUCAUUUUAGCCUGGUGGAAAAUGGUAAUUCAUAGAAGGAACCGCUGUUUCUUUCCUGUAGAUAUUGUUAUGAGAAGUGACACUUAGUUGUUGCCAUUUUUUUGUUCCCAAAAGAAUAAACCACAACUAUUUUGUAUUGAAUGCAA